AUGCGCGUAUACGUCAUACAUAUUCGGAGCCAAGGAGGAUUGGACGCAUAUAAGCCGCCCAUCGGGUGUGCUAUGAAAGAUCAUAUUGGAGGGAAGAGGGAAACAAAGAGGAAUGGAGCUCAAAGUUUUCGACGGGAAGAGAACCAUAGGUCAUUAAAAAAAUGCAUUGGAUAUCGUAUCCUCGGGUGUCAACCAUUCAAAAUGAAAAUGUGGGAAGUAGAGUCUGGCUCAAGCAGCAAGGUCGACCGGGCAGCACGGACAAAAGGCCCAAGCAAAUUCUAUGGAAUAAGCCGCAGGAUAGAAGGAAAACCAAAACCACCUCCGAAAUUAGUAAUAGAAAUUAACAGGGGAUAA